AUGAGUUACCAGCUGAACUCAGCCGAGUGCGUGGAUAUUCGCUUGAACCAGAGUGUUCCGGAGCACCAUUGUGAGAACACCAAGCCCACACCAAGGCUGCGGGAGUGUAGCAUGGGGCCGUGUGCAGAGAGCGAUGGCUUCAAAGAGGUGAUGCCCUAUGAGCACUUCCAGCCACCGCCGCACUGGGAGACUGGUCCAUGGACUCGCUGCUCUGUGUCGUGUGGAGACUCGGGCGGAGAGCAGGACCGCAGCGUGCAGUGUGUGGAGGAGGACUCCAGGGGGCAGCUGUCGCCGCUUGAGGACUGGAGGUGCUCCCACUCCCCUCGACCAAUCACACGACAGAUCUGCAACGCCUUCUCCUGCCCACAGUGGGUCACUCUGGAGUGGUCCCAGUGCACAGUGACUUGUGGUCGAGGGUUGCGGUACCGAGCGAUUCUCUGCAUCGACCACCGGGGGCAACACAUCGGAGGCUGUGACCCUUCACUCAAACCACAUGUUAAAGAAGACUGUUUGGUGCCUGUUGCUUGCCUCAAACCCAAAGAGUCUGAGCCUGUGGAAGAUAAAGAGCCGUGGUUAAAGCAAGCCCAAGGUUUGGAGGAGCGUCCUGUGGCCACAGAGGAGCCCACGUUUGUCCCGGGACCCUGGUCACCCUGCAGUGCCUCCUGUGGUGUGGGGGUGCAGGUGCGAGCACUGAGGUGUCGUGUGCUUCUGUCCUUUACCCACACGGAGGUGGAUCUUCCAGAAGGUGAAUGUGGAGGAGAGGCCCCCCAGAGGCAGAGAGCAUGCAGUCUGGGCCCCUGUGACGGCACCAAGGCAGAGGACCCUCCAGGACAUCUCCACACUGGGACAGAGCUCCACAACUGGAACUACCGAGGGUUCAGCGACUGCUCAGUUUCGUGUGCCACUGGUCAGCAGACAGCCAUAGUCAGGUGUGUGAGCUGGAGACUGGCCAGGGAAGUGGACGACGCUCUGUGUGACGAGUCCAGUAAACCUGCUGCGAUGAUCCGCAUCUGCAACCCUCAGCCCUGCCCACCCAGGUGGGAGGUAACUGAAUGGACCUCUUGCUCCUCCUCCUGUGGGGUAGGCCUGCAGACUCGGAGUGUGUUCUGUAUGAAGCUGCUCUCUGUGGACCUCCAGGACGUUCUGACUGUCUCCGAGGACCAGUGCCGGGACAUCAAACCCCCCAUCCUCCAGCCAUGCAACCAGCACGACUGCCCCCCGACCUGGGACACCGGGCCCUGGCUUCAGUGUCCUCAGUCCUGUGGGGGAGGGGUGCAGCUCCGAAAGGUCUUCUGUAAGCAGCUGCUGUCCACAGGGGCCUAUCGAGUUCUGAAGGACCGAGACUGUGGGGCCGACCCGCCACCAAGCACCCGAGUCUGUGCCAACUCGGACUGCGCCCCCUUCCUCAGCGCAGGGGACUGGACGAAGUGUUCUGUCUCCUGUGGACUUGGGGUCCAGCGCAGGGAGCCUCAAUGCCAGCAGCUCACCUCCUCAGCCCAGCUCCUUACUCUUACCCGCGACCAGUGCUCCGACCUGUCCUCCCCCCCUCUCAUACGCACCUGCCGCAUGAUGGCCUGCCCCAAGCAGAAGAAGGCGAUGCAGCAGCAGGACCCUCUUCGUUUUCCCGUCCGUACGCAGCAGAAGCAGGUGAAAGGGUUUAAACCAGGGGUGAAGCAGUGUCCCCUGCUCCAGAGCCGUCACGCUAUCUACAUCCAGACACAGAGGGUUAACCGCCUGCAGCUCACCGCCGGGGGGCACGCUUACCUGCUGCCCCGCACAUCUCUGAUCCUCCGCUGCCCAGUCCAGAAGUUCCCCAGGAGCUCGAUCCGCUGGUACAAAGACCAGACCCCUGUCACAGUCUCCAGAGGGAUCGGUUUCACACAGUCUGGUUCGCUGAGGAUCCAGAACCUCGGGCUGCAGCAUGUGGGCGUGUACAAGUGCGUUGUUGGACCCGCCUCUGAUAUUUUCACUCUUCAGCUGAUCGGGAAGGACAGCAAGACCAAGUUUAAAGCCACCGCUGCCCCCAGCCCCACUUCACUAACCUGGGAGGACUUUGCCCCGAGCUGCCGGACCCACGCUUCCCAGCUCCUGCCCUGGGCUCGCGUCCCGGUGAAGCUGCUGCCUCCUGGAGGUCGGGAGGUGUCACUGCAGCCGCACGUGGAGGAAGCUCUGAUCAACAUUACACUUCAGGCUGAUCUCCAGAAGCUUAGACAAGAGCAGGCUAUGGAGCUCAUUGCCUCUAUGCUCACAGACACAGCACCCUCUCAGCUGUGGAGGAGGACUGCAGAGAAGAAACAAGGAGAUGACUCAUCAACCAUUGGUUUGGAGGUGUCCAUGGCUGUGGUGACGCAAGUGAAACCAGAGAUAGUUCGCCAGGAGCAGAAAGUCCCCUGGUUUCUCCAGAAGAACUUGAACUUUUCCAUCGGACAGAACGCUCUUUUGACCAACAGCACACGCUCCAUCACCAUCCAGUGCCACGCCACAGGACCAAAGCCCAAAGUCGUUUGGAGCAAGGAUGGAACACUGCUUCAGAGAAACAGCAGGGUUUGGUGGGACAGUGAGGGCCUCCACAUCCUCAGGCCCUCAGCCUCAGACCAGGGCCAGUACAAAUGCAUCUGCAGCAACAUCCAUGGCUCUGACUCCGAGACGUCUCUCCUCAGGGUGGCAGAGGCUCCUUCCAUCGCUGUGUCCUGGAGGAAUGUCUCAGACAGUGGACAGAGCCUCCGAGUCGCUGUGGGCUCUACCGUCAGUGUCCAGCAGGGGGCCAACCUCACCCUGGACUGUCCUGUGACCGGGGUCCCGUUACCUACUGUGACCUGGCUGAGGAGGAGUGGACCUCUGCCCGCCUCAGUCCUGCUCACGUCCGGUUCUCUCUGGAUCAGCAACUUCUCCGUCUCAGACCAGGGCACUUACUCCUGUGUCGCCAACAACUCUGUGGGGAAAUCAAUCGCCUCCAGUGCCCUGCACGUGUUCAGCCAGAGACCAGCAAACGUGGCCUCGCAUCCUGUGGGGGAGAGCCGAGCAGAUGUUCCUCAGGAGCUGAACCGCAGGAGGCUCCUGAUGGCGUCCAGUGGAGGAACCAGCGUCUUCAUCCGACCAGGAGACGUCGUCAGGAUAGGAUGUCCGGUGGUUCCUCGCCACGCCGUACCUGUGCGCUGGUUCUUGAACAAUCGCAGCCUGGAGGAGGGGGCCCAUGCCUCCAACUCUGCCCCUCUGUUUCGGGUUCUGGCUGGGGGCAGAGCUCUGGAGGUCAGCACCGUACAGACCCAGUUCUCCGGACGGUACCAGUGUGAGACCCAACUCAGCAGCAGCAGCAAACCACUCACAGCCUGGAUCUAUGUCUACUCGCAAGAGUACAGCUGGCGUCUGGGUGAGUGGAGCGCCUGCAGCUCUUCCUGUGGCAGCAGAGGGACCCAGCUGAGGAGGGUCCGCUGUGUGUCUGUCCAGGGCAAAGAGGUUGCCCCCGGCAUGUGCCUGGACCGGCCCAAACCCCUCACCCAUGUUGUCCCAUGUAACAACCAGGACUGUCCCCCCAGGUGGGCCGUGUCCGCCUGGUCCCAGUGCUCCUCCUCGUGUGGGGGUGGGCGGCAGAGCAGGCAGGUGGUCUGUCAGCAGCUGGACGCUCAGGGGUCAACCAGGAGCCUAUCUCCGCAGGACUGUGAGGGGACAACCCAGCCCCAGCAAACUCAGAACUGCACCUCUGACUACUGCCCCAGCUGGGUCACGGGCCCCUGGGGGAAGUGCUCAGGGCGGUGUCUGGGCUCCUCCUCGGUCCAGAAGAGGUCAGUCCUGUGUCGACGCCUGAACGACUCCAGCUCCGACUGUGAUGAAAGCAGCAGGCCUCUGUCGUACCGUAACUGCUCCUCAGACCUGUGCAGUGUGAGGUGGCGUCCCGGGCCGUGGGAGGGCUGCAGUGCUCCCUGUGGAGGGGGGUUCGAGUCCCGGAGAGUGGACUGUGUGCAGCUGCGAACAGGGAGAACCCUCGCUCAGCAACACUGCGCCUGGAUCCAGAGACCUCCAACCUGGCAACCCUGCUCCAAUGACAACUGCAGGACACCAGGUGAGUGCAGAGACAGCUCCCAGCACUGCAGUGGGGUGCGGAGGCUCGGGCUCUGCCACUCUCUCAUGUACAAACACAGAUGCUGCCAAUCCUGCUCACAGGACGUGGACUCCACCUAG